UGCAAGAUGGCCAUUUCCUCUUAUUCAGACUGGUCUUUAGCUUGCAUUCACUCUCGCAGUCACAGAAAUUCCCACAUAUUAACUUUGAUCCCAACAUGCAAAACCCUUCCCUUUUUCCCUGCAAUUUCAUGCUCAAAAGUCCAAAAUUUUCAGUUCAACACCACAGGUUGCUCUUCUCCAAUAUUAGAAGAGGGCCAAGAGGCCUCUAGCAACUUGCCAGUGAUCGAGUUGAAUGUACCGUUUCAAGAUUCUAAGCAAAACCCAGUACAAGAUUCUGCAAAAUUAAAUGAUUUCUUACGUGGGUUAUUUGGAAGUCCUCAAACCGAGGAUCUUGCUUUCGAGUACUAUGAAAAAAUGAAAGGAAGCCCAGAAUUUAGACCGGAGAAAUCAACUUUAAAGCAUGUAAUCAGGUAUUUGUUACGUUCAAAGAAAUGGUGUAUGAUUUUAGUAGUUUGUGAUGAUUUCAAGAACUACAAUGCGUUGCCUGAUAGUUCCACUUGUUCAAAAUUGAUUAGUAGUUGCAUUAGAGCUAGAAAAUUCAAAAUUGUUGAGACUUUGCUUGAAGUUUUCAAAUCUAAUGGUAAAGUCAGUGUCUUGGCCUUUGGUUCUGCAAUUAGAGGCUAUAACAAGCUUCAUAUGUAUAGAAGCACCAUUGUAGCAUUUGGGAAAAUGAGAUCUGCUGGAGUUGUUCUGGAUUCUGAAUGUUCAUGCCAUAUUAUGGAAGCUUAUAUGAGACUUGGUGAUUCUGAUAAAGUGGUUGAAUUGUUUUGUGAAUUAGAAAGUAGUCAACUAGAUUUUUAUUCAUCACCGUUUUGCACUCGUAUAUAUGGGACUCUAAUUGAGUCUCUAGGCAAAUCAGGAAGAGCUUUUGAAGCUCUUGAAUACUUCAAAGAAAUGACAAGGAAAGGAAUUUCCAAGGAUUCUUCGGUUUACUCUUCUUUGAUUUGUUCUUUUGCAAGCUUGCGAGAAGUAAAGGUGGCCGAAGAUCUUUUUGAAGAAGGGAAAAGCAAACAAAUGUUGAGAGAUCCGGGGCUGUACUUAAAACUAGUGUUGAUGUAUGUGAAAGAAGGACUAAUGGAGAAGACACUUGAAAUUGUUAAAGCAAUGAAAAGUUCAAAGUUAAAAAUUUCUGAUUGUAUAUUCUGUGCAAUUGUCAAUGGCUUCUCAAAGAAAAGAGGAUUUCUAGCUGCAGUUAAGGUAUAUGAAGAGCUAAUUUCUCAGGGAUGUGAACCAGGACAAGUUACAUACUCCUCGAUUAUAAAUGCAUAUUGUCAUCUUGGGCUCUAUUCGAAAGCAGAAAUGUUAUUUUCAGAGAUGGAACAAAAGGGGUUUGAUAAGUGUGUUGUGGCUUAUUCUAGCAUGAUUGUAAUGUAUGGCAAAACGGGGAGGCCUAAAGAUGCAAUGAGGCUUUUGGCCAAGAUGAAAGAAAGAGGGUGUGAACCAAAUGUUUGGAUUUACAAUUCUUUGAUGGAAAUGAAUGGAAAGGCCAAUAAUUUAAGGCAGGUAGAGAAGCUAUGGAAGGAGAUGAAGCGAAGAAAGGUUGCACCAGAUAAGGUUAGUUACACUAGUGUUAUUAGUGCUUAUAGUAAAGCCAAGGAGUUUGAGACGUGCCUGAGAUAUUACAAUGAGUUUAGGAUCAAAGGGGGUGAGAUUGACAAGGUCAUGGCUGGAAUUAUGGUUGGAGUUUUUUCAAGGAGUAGUCGGAUCGAUGAGUUGGUGAAGCUUUUACGGGAUAUGAAAUCUGAAGGAACACGAUUAGAUGGGAGGCUUUAUCGAUCAUCGAUGAAUGCAUUGAGGGAUUCUGGGUUGCAAGUGGAAGCCAAAUGGUUGCAGGAGUAUUUUGCCAAAAUGUACUUAGAUUGAAGCACAUUUUUCCUUUUUUAAAUAUUGAUUUCUUCUCUUAUAUAUAAAUAGUGUAUAUUAAAAUUUUUGUUGUAUGAUAUUGCAAUUUUUACCAUUGGAACCA